CUUUUCUCACUCUCUCCAGAAGCUCCAGAUGGCAUCUUCUGUGGGCAACGUGGCCGACAGCACAGAACCAACGAAACGUAUGCUUUCCUUCCAGGGGUUAGCUGAGUUGGCACAUCGAGAAUAUCAAUCAGGUGAUUUUGAGGCAGCUGAGAGACACUGCAUGCAGCUGUGGAGACAAGAGCCAGACAAUACUGGAGUACUUUUAUUACUUUCAUCUCUACACUUCCAGUGUCGAAGGCUGGACAGAUCUGCCCACUUUAGUACUCUGGCAAUUAAACAGAACCCUCUUCUGGCAGAAGCCUAUUCGAAUUUGGGGAAUGUGUAUAAGGAAAGAGGGCAGUUGCAGGAAGCAAUUGAGCAUUACCGGCAUGCAUUGCAUCUCAAACCAGAUUUCAUCGAUGGUUAUAUUAACCUGGCAGCCGCUUUGGUAGCAGCAGGCGACAUGGAAGGGGCAGUACAAGCUUACGUCUCUGCUCUUCAGUGCAAUCCUGAUUUGUACUGUGUUCGCAGUGACCUGGGGAACCUGCUCAAGGCCUUGGGUCGCUUGGAAGGAGCCAAGGCGUGUUAUUUGAAAGCAAUGGAGACGCAACCGAACUUUGCAGUAGCUUGGAGUAAUCUUGGCUGUGUUUUCAAUGCACAAGGGGAGAUUUGGCUUGCAAUUCAUCACUUUGAAAAGGCUGUCACCCUUGACCCCAAUUUUCUGGAUGCUUAUAUCAAUUUAGGAAAUGUCUUGAAAGAGGCACGGAUUUUUGACAGAGCUGUGGCAGCUUACCUUUGUGCCCUAAGCUUGAGCCCAAAUCAUGCAGUGGUACGUGCCAACCUGGCUUGUGUAUACUAUGAGCAAGGCCUGAUAGAUCUGGCAAUAGACACCUACAGGCGAGCUAUUGAGUUGCAACCACAUUUCCCUGAUGCUUACUGCAACCUAGCCAACGCUCUGGAAGAGAAGGGCAGUGUUGCCGAAGCAGAAGAUUGUUAUAAUACAGCUCUGCGGCUGUGUCCCACCCAUGCAGACUCUCUGAAUAACCUAGCCAAUAUCAAAGGAGACCAGGGAAAUAUUGAAGAGGCAGUUCGCUUGUAUCGUAAAGCAUUAGAAGUCUUCCCAGAGUUUGCUGUUGCCCAUUCAAAUUUAGCAAGUGUAUUGCAGCAGCAGGGAAAACUGCAGGAAGCUCUGAUGCAUUAUAGGGAGGCUGUUCGAAUCAGUCCUACCUUUGCUGAUGCCUACUGUAACAUGGGAAACACUCUAAAGGAGAUGCAGGAUGUUCAGGGAGCCUUGCAGUGUUAUACUCGUGCCAUUCAUAUUAACCCUGCACUUGCGGAUGCCCACAGCAAUCUGGCUUCCAUUCACAAGUAUUCAGGGAAUAUUCCAGAAGCAAUUGCUUCUUAUCGCACUGCUCUGAAGCUUGAACCUGAUUUUCCUGACGCUUAUUGUGAUUUGACUCAUUGCCUGCAGAUUGUCUGUGAUUGGACAGACUAUGAUGAGCGAAUGAAGAAGUUGGUCAGCAUUGUGGCUGACCAGCUGGAGAAGAAUAGGUUGCCUUCUGUGCAGCCUCAUCAUAGUAUGCUCUAUCCUCUUUCUCAUGGCUUCAGGAAGGCUAUUGCUGAGAGCCACGGGAACCUCUGCUUGGAUGAGAUCAGUGUCCUUCAUAAACCACCGUACGAACAUCCAAAAGACUUGAAGCUCAGUGAUGGUCGACUGCGUGUAGGAUACGUGAGUUCUGACUUUGGGAAUCAUCCUACUUCUCAUCUUAUGCAGUCUAUUCCAGGCAUGCACAAUCCUGAUAAAUUUGAGGUAUUCUGUUAUGCCCUGAGCCCAGAUGAUGGCACAAACUUCCGAGCGAAGGUGAUGGCAGAAGCCCAAUAUUUCAUUGAUCUUUCUCAGAUUCCAUGCAAUGGGAAAGCAGCUGAUCGCAUCCAUCAAGAUGGUAUACACAUCCUUGUAAAUAUGAAUGGUUAUACCAGGGGUGCUCGAAAUGAACUCUUUGCUCUCAGGCCAGCUCCUAUUCAGGCAAUGUGGCUGGGCUACCCUGGGACCAGUGGCGUGCUUUUCAUGGAUUAUAUCAUCACUGAUCAGGAAACUUCACCUGCUGAAGUUGCUGAGCAGUAUUCUGAGAAACUGGCUUAUAUGCCCCAUACUUCCUUUAUUGGUGAUCAUGCUAAUAUGUUCCCUCACCUGAAGAAGAAAGCAGUCAUCGAUUUUCAGUCCAAUGGGCACAUUUAUGACAAUCGGAUUGUGCUGAAUGGCAUCGACCUCAAAGCAUUUCUUGAUAGUCUCCCAGAUGUGCAAAUUGUCAAGAUGAAAUGUCCUGAUGGAGGAGACAACGCAGACAGCAGUAAUACAGCUCUUAAUAUGCCUGUCAUUCCUAUGAAUACUAUUGCAGAGGCAGUUAUUGAAAUGAUUAACAGAGGACAAAUUCAGAUAACAAUUAAUGGAUUCAGUCUUAGCAAUGGACUGGCAACUACCCAGAUCAACAUUAAGGCUGCCACUGGAGAGGAGGUUCCCUGUACCAUUAUUGUAACCACACGUUCUCAGUACGGGUUACCGGAAGGUGCCAUUGUGUACUGUAACUUUAAUCAGUUAUAUAAAAUUGACCCAUCUACUUUGCACAUGUGGGCAAAUAUUCUGAAGCGUGUUCCCAAUAGUGUACUGUGGCUGUUGCGUUUUCCAGCAGUAGGAGAACCUAAUAUUCAACAGUAUGCACAAAAUAUGGGCCUUCCCCAGAACCGUAUCAUUUUUUCACCUGUUGCUCCUAAAGAGGAACAUGUUCGGAGAGGCCAGCUGGCUGAUGUCUGCUUGGACACUCCACUCUGUAAUGGACACACCACAGGGAUGGAUGUCCUUUGGUCAGGGACACCCAUGGUGACUAUGCCAGGAGAGACUCUUGCUUCCCGAGUUGCAGCUUCCCAGCUCACUUGUUUAGGCUGUCUUGAGCUUAUUGCUAAAAAUAGACAAGAAUAUGAAGACAUAGCUGUGAAACUGGGAACUGAUCUAGAAUACCUCAAGAAACUUCGUGGCAAAGUCUGGAAGCAGAGAACAUCUAGCCCUCUGUUCAACACCAAACAAUACACAGCGGACCUAGAGCGGCUCUAUCUACAGAUGUGGGAGCAUUACGCAGCUGGCAACAAACCUGAUCACAUGAUUAAGCCUGUUGAGGUCACUGAGUCGGCCUAAAUAAUGACUGUGUGCACAGGAGAAUUACCCUGUACCUGAGCCUCAACCUUCUGGGGGAAAGGGAACUACUUUUUCCUUAUCUGUACAAUACCAUGCUGCAGAUGGGUGACAGACAAUGAUAAGAAAUAGCACAGCCAGACUUGCUUCCUGCAUGAUCAUGAUCACGAUAGGGAGAGACACAAGAGAUGGGAAACUGCUGUUCCACAAGGAGCCUCCAUAGAAUUUUGCAGCAGCCAGGUGUCUGGAAGGUCUGGAAGCUUAUUCGUUCCCACGAUGGUCCUGUUGCAGAUCAGCGCCUGGACCUUGCUGGUUUCCUGAGCGCUUAGUCAAGCAAAUAGAUGGCUCGCCACAGCUCACAACUAGUUCAGAAGAUGAAGAAGCUCUGCACCUCUCCGGAAAAUCUGACAGUGUUGAUUCAGAAAGAGAAGAGGAAGAGAAGACCACUUGCCAGGACGACUCAAAGGAGUGAUGUUCCAACUUGGGGACAAAUUAAACAACUGGUUUCACGAGCUCAAGAGUCAGUGAAACAACAGAAUAAUCCUGUUACACCUGUAACUUUAUUUUUGGCUAUGUUGGCAACCAUUUCAUGUGUUCCCUCUGUUAAUGCAGCAACUGACUGGGCCUAUGUACCUGAUCCUCCACUAUUACAACCCAUAUCUUGGUCUGAAGCAGAGUUUCCUGUAUUUUACAAUGAUAAGUGUUUAUGGGCCUCUUAUUGGGAAUAUAAAACAAACCAAUAUGUCUGUAAAUUAUACUAACUGGUUUAGUACCCAUCCUGUCUGUCUUAGCCCAUUGAAUCUGGAAACUGGAUGUGUAAAGGCUAUUAGUUAUGAGCAUACAGAUGUUUAUGAGGGAACAGAUCAAUCAAUUAGUUUGUCAGGCUCUCCAGGCAUCCUUCGUUUUACAGGAACCAACAUUACUCUUACAUGCCCGGCUACCAGCUGACGAGAGGAUCUUAAGGAUACCAUCAUUUGGUAUAAAAUGGGCAACCUCUUAAUAUUAGAGGUCAAAUCUCAUACGCCUCACCACUUAGGGAUUCCGCUGUUACUAUAGCCAAGGUUACAGGUGAAGAUUCAGGAAAUUAUUUCUGUAUGAAGCGUUUACUUGGAGGACAAGGGAUAUUUAUAGCUGGACAUAAGGUUACUAUGCUUAACAGAAAAUCAAAAAAUCAAUUUCCUCCCCUUAUGACCGUUAACUUUCCUGGAUCCAGUUUUGAACGUUGCAAUGCAUCUUGGAAUAAUAACCAAAUAUGGUGUACUAUAGAUUAUACCAAGAUGUCAAUUCUUAUCUCUUCUAUUCCCAUCAUAGAUAGGUUUAUCACAUUUCAAAAGAACUGGGAUAUAUGGAAACUAGCUCUAACUUAUUCCAAUACACCUGUUAUAACUUGUGUUGCUCCUCCAUAUACACUUUUGUUUGGUUCUAUUAACAUUGGUAAUUCUUCCAAAGGAGGAUAUAAUAUUAGCUGUGAUAAUUGUAUUUUUAGCAGUUGUAUGUUCCCUUCUGCAGGAACGCAAUCUGUGCUUAUACUAAAGCAACCCAUAUAUGUUAUGGUGCCUGUACAUCUGAGAGAACCUUGGUAUGAAGAUACUGGAGUACAGGCAUGGGUGGAACUCUCUAAAGCCUUGCAGAGAAGGAGACGCUUUCUUGGGUGGCUAAUAGUAAGUUUAUUUGCCUCGGCUGCUCUGUCUGCUACCGCGGCUACUUCCGGUCUUGCUCUUUCACAGAGUAUUCAUCAUGCUCACUUUGCUAAUCAGUUAUCUCAACAUACCAGUCUUGCUUUAUCUUUACAAAGUCACCUAGAUUUACAGAUUAAUAACAAGUUAGAUGAAUUUAAAAACGCAAUUUUGGGGAUUGGAGAUCAGAUGGCAGCAUUAAAAUUGAGGAUGCGUUUAGCUUGUCAUGCAAAGUAUACAUGGAUGUGUGUUACUCCUUAAAAGUACAAUGACUGUAUUUGGGAAUGGGAAAAAGUAAAAAUACAUCUGCUGAGUGUUUGGUCAGAUAAAUAUUAGUCUUGAUCUUAAGAAAUUAAAUGCUGAAAUUCAGGAUAUACAAAAUGCACAUCUUGAUGAUAGUUCGCCAGAAGAUGUAAUUCAAACUUUACUGGACCAUUUAAAGUGGUUAAACCCUCAGUCUUGGAUUACCGGAAGGUUGUCAGGAUUUAUUACCCUGGCCAUAAUUUGUCUAUUAUUGAUGGUAAUCUUCUCAUGUCUGUUUCGUAUCCUCAUGCAACAGUAUACUACUCUCGGCACUAAACUUCAUGGAAUUAUUUUGCAGCAAAAGUUAAAAAAUAAAAAAGGGGGACCUGUGGGAAGCAGUCAGCCUUGAGAGCAGGCUACAGACAUGCCA